AUGCAGCAGUGUCCCGGCAUGGAUGCCUACCAGAUGGGACAGUAUGGCUAUCAGGCGCAAGAUCCCAUGGCCUAUGGCCAACAGGCCUGCGGGUGCCAACCGAUGCAGGGAAGCAUGGGCAACUCACAGGCUGCGCAGGUGCCCGCCAUCGAGGCGCCGGGCGCCGCGGCCGCGGCCGCGACGGCGUCGGAGCCGCUGCCGCCGGGGCCGUUGCCGCCUGGACCAGUGGAGUCCAAAGAGGCGGCCGAGGCGGCGAGGCGGUUGGCGGAGAAAAAGAAGGCGGAGGAGGAGGAGGAAGCUGCGCGCAAGGCGGCGGAGGAGCUAGCAGCCAAGAAGAAGGCGGAGGAGGAGGCUGCCCGAGAGGCGCGGCGCAAGGAAGAGGAGCGGCGCAAGGAAGAGGAAGCGGCGAAGCAGCGGGCCGCAGAGGAAGCGCGGCGGGAGGCUGCACGGCGGGAGGCUGCGCGGCGGGAGGAGGAGGCCUUGGUGGCGAAGCAAAAGGCGGCUGAGGAGGCGCGGCGUGAAGCGGCGCGCCAGGCGGAGAAGGAGAAGGAAGCUGCCCAGAAAAAAGCCCAGGAGGACGCUGCGCGACAGGAGGCCACCAGACGUGAAGCCGCCAAAGCCGCCGAGCAGCAGAUCCUCGCGCAGAAGAAGGCGGACGAGGCCAAGGUGGAAGAAGCCAGGCAGAAAGCGGCCGAAGCUGAGCGGAAAGAGAAGGAGGAGGAAGUCAGACGCCGAGCUGCUGAGGAGGCAAACCACCAGAUCGCGACACAGGAAUCUGCGAAGACGAAGGCCGAGGAAGCCGCGCUACAGGAGCAGGAGGAGGUCAAAAUGCAGGCGGCCAAGAAGGCUGAGGCCGAGCUUUUCGCCAAGCCGGCGCAAGACGAGGCGAAAGCCCAAGUUGCUGUGGCGCCAGCGGCAGCUGUGGCGCCAGCGACAGCUGUGGCGCCAGCGGCAGUUCAGCCGGCGCAAGAUGCGCAGCAGCUGGAGCAACAGCAGCUCCAGCAACAGCAACUGCUGCAACAGCAGCAGUACCAGCAGCAACUGCAACAACAGCAGUACAUGCAACAACAGCAGAUGUUGCAGCAGCAGCAGUACCAGCAACAGCUGCAGCAGCAGCAGUAUCAGCAGAUGCAAAUGCAGGGCCAGCAGGUCUACGGCCAAGAUUACAUGCAGCAGCAGGCCAUGAUGCAGCAGCAAAUGAUGCAACAGCAGCAGCAGCAACAGCAGCAGCAGAUGAUGAUGCAGGGUGGGCAGUACAUGCAGCAGUGUCCCGCCAUGGACGCCUACCAACAGAUGGGAAUACAGUACGGCUAUCAAGCGCAAGAUCCCAUGGCCUGCUAUGGCCAACAGGCCUGCGGGUGCCAGGUCCAACCGAUGGGGAGCAUGGGCAACUCACAGGCGGGCUCCGAGCCGCUGCCGCCGGGGCCGUUGCCGCCGGGGCCGGUGGAGGCCAAAGAGGGGCAUCCCAUCGAAGGGACCGUCAAGUCCUACAAUCAGCGGCACGGUUACGGGUUCAUCGCCUCGCCGGCACUGACGAGGGAUGCGCAGUUCAGGACUGCGGAGCUCCACCCGGACCUGCAGGCGCUGAGCACGCAGCUCAUUGGCCAAGCAGUAAAUUGCCAGGUGCAUCGGCUCUCGGACGGCAAGCUGAAGGCGACCCACGUGUCCCUGAAAAUGGGCUUCUAUGGCUGCGGCUGUCAGGGCGGCUGCUGUCAGGGCGGCUGCUGCGGCUGCCAGGGCUGCUGUCAGGGCGGCUGCUGUCAGGGAUGUUGUGGCUGUGACGGAUCGGGCGGCGCGAUGUCUUCCAAGAUUCGGGGCUACGUGUCCAACUUCGACACCGCCUCCCGUCUCGGGAUCAUUUCUGCCCCGGGCGUGGCCAACGAGGUCCACUUCUACGAGGGCACCGGGCAGACCCUGAUGCCGGGGACAGAGGUGAACUUCAUCUUGCAGUGGCUGCCCGAUGGCAGUGCGCAGGGCACAGACGUCGCUCUCGGGCCACCGCCAGUGCCGCUGAUAGACGGCGGUCAAAUUACUGGUCUGGUAAAGGUGUACACGGACUCCAGAGAUAUGGGCUUCAUCAGCGCGCCGGGCAACACCCAGGACAGAAGCGAGACUUGGACGAGGCCUCCCAGACGCUGCUGA